AUGCAUGCCAUCCAUCCCACCACAGCUAACGCGAUUCCUGACUGGAAAGCAGUGCUAGUCAUCACCACCAUCAACAGCAAGUAUUGGCACUUAACUAACAACGCAAGCAAGACCUGGGAACAAAAAGGGAAGCGCAUAACACCUAGUGCACACAAACCGCAGCGUUGGGAUGUAAUCGAUGAACUCUAUCGGUCUUCGGAAGAAUUCACUGGCAUGGAAAAGUCAAGUGGAUAA